UCCUGUUAAAGAUGGCGGCGACCUUGUGUGUGAAAUUACUACCGAAACAAGGAUGGCUCCCCCUGACCCAGAGCGUCCGGCACGGCUCCAAGGCUGUGACUCGCCACAGGAAGCCGGUGCACAUCCUCAGACAGAAGCUCAUGGCUGUUACCCAGUACGUUCCUCCUGCAAGGGUCGUUCCUCCGGCCGCGUAUCCAUCCCAAACCAAAGAAGUCCAGGAGGACAAUGCUUUGACAUUACUCAUGAAGAGGGAUUUGAAGAACUUGUUCCAGGACUGUAAGAUGGUUGCUGUGGUCCAGAACAACUCUUGCAACGCUGAAGAUAUGAUGAAUCUCAAGUAUAGACUCCAUAAACAUGGCAUCACUAUCAAGUUCUUCCCCAACCAGGUGAUUCAGUCGUUCCUGAAAGACAGUAUUUAUUGCAACAUGACUCCUCUGUUCAUCGGUCCAACGGUUCUGUUUGUUAGUAAAGAGCCAAAGUUGAAGGAGAUGCUGACGACUCUGAGGUCCAGCCCACAGAUGACACUCCUGGGAGCCCGCGUGGAGAACAUGUUGCUGAGCGUAGAGGGGAUUGUGAACUACUCCAAACUGCCGUCAUUGACCGUUGUCCAGGGUCAGCUGGUCGGCGGGCUGACGAUGCUGACCUCCCACACUGCCUCCAUGCUGCAGCACCACCCGGCUCACCUGUCAGCCCUGCUACAGCAGUACGUCAAACAGCAGAGCCCGGAGAGCAGCGCAGAGGGAGCUCCUAAAGCAGAGGAGGCCACGUAGAGCUUCAGAGACAUUACUGGGACUGUUUACCGUACAGCUUUGCAGCUGCUUGGAAUGACGAGGGACUGAAGAUAUGGAUGCACACUUUAAUAUUUAUUUUAAUUUAGUGCCAGAUUUUUAGGAAAAAAAAGAUGACUGUUCACUUGGUCUUAAACAUUAUAGGAGAGAAAUUCAGUUGCUACUAAAUUCAACUAAAUGUUCUAGUGUGCAUCUGCCCACAGGAGCACUGCUCGUUCUCUUUUGGGAACUUUUGUCUGAUUCUGCAGACCUGACUGGUUUCAGUGCACCUCAGCCUCCUUGUGGAAGCCUGGGAUGGACAAUGCUGCAUAAAUAUCACUGUUGCCCAAGCUGUUGCUUUAUUUAAGGGUAUUGUCACAUAUAAAUAAAUGUCAGACUCUCUGCUCACUCUUCUGUCAGUCUCAUACCAGCUACAACAGGAUCACUUUAAAAAUAUUCCUCUUUAUCAGGGGCACUGUGCAUUUUGUCAGCGUUUUAAAAACAUGCAUUAAAAAAUAGAUUUUUAAA